UGCGCUGUGUCCCUUGGACACAACGGAUCAGCGAUCAAUGGAAAGAGCCGAAGAUGUCGGCUCGGUCAUGUGAUCAGCUGUGUCCAAUUACAGCUGAUCACAUCAGUGCCACCUGUCAGUGUCCAUCAAUGCCAGCUGUCAGUGCUCAUCAGUGCCACCUGCCAGUGCCCAUCAGUGCCACAUAUCAGUGCCUACCAGUGCACAUCAGUGCCCAUCUGAGCUGCCUUUCAGUGUCACCUAUCAGUGCCAGUCAGUGCCACCUAUCAAUGCCAGUCAGUGCUGCCUAUCAGUGCCAGUCAGUGCCACCUAUCAGUUCCAGUCAGUGCUGCCUAUCAGUGCCAGUCAGUGCCACCUAUCAGUGCCAUAUGAGUGCUGUCUUGCCAUGCCCAUCAGUGAUGCCUGUCAAUGCCCAUCAGUGCCACCUACUAGUGCCAUCUCAUCAG